CACCCUCAUAUGUGAAAACCGUAAGACAAUUAUGUGACGCCUACAUAACAACUUCCACACCAAAUUUUCACGUGACUACGCUUAAAACACCCCACCAAAUUUUCACGUGACUACGCUCCAUCAUCUUAGGUUAAACCGUUAAACCACACGGACCAUACACAUCAUUUGACAAACCAAAAGGACCACAAAUGCACACUACAUAAAUUAGGGUUCCCUUCACCGCAAACCACCGGACACCACACCAGUAGUCCGUCCGUUCAUCUUCAAUGGCGAUACCGUCCUUCCGAUUUACAUUAUCCCCUCUCAUCCACACACAAACCUCCUCAAAACUAUUAUUCUCACUCUCUAACUUCCAAACAAAAUCACUCAAAAUCCUCUGUUUCUCCUCCUCAAUUCCCCAAACCGAAACCCUAGCUCCACCAACACCCAGCCAAUCCGUCACUCCGAUUCGAUGGGAGCCUUACCGGAAGAAGAAGGUCGUCAUGCGCGUCGGUUACGUCGGCACCGAUUACAAAGGUUUACAGAUGCAGAAAGAUGACUCCGUAUCUACUAUAGAGAAAGAGCUAGAAACAGCCAUUUACAAAGCAGGUGGAAUUCGUGACAGUAACUUUGGGGAUUUGAACAAGAUAGCAUGGGCUAGAAGUAGCAGAACCGAUAAAGGAGUUCAUUCUUUAUCAACUAUGAUAUCACUUAAAAUGGAAAUCCCUGAAAGCGCUUGGGUUGGUGACCCAAACGGGACAGAACUUGCAAAUCUUGUAAAUACGUAUCUUCCUAAAAGUAUUAGAGUGUUCAGUAUUCUUCCUUCACAAAGGAGUUUUGAUGCUAGAAGGGAAUGUAAUAUCCGGAAAUAUAGUUACCUCCUUCCUGUUGAAGUCAUUGGGAUCACUAGUAACUUGAGCGAAUCUGAAAUUGAACAUCACUUAUCAGACUUCAAUAAUAUACUAAAUUCUUUUGAGGGAAAACAUCCUUUCCAUAACUAUACAAUCCGAAAAAACUACAGAAAGAAGUAUUCUGCGAAACAGUCUCCUGAUGGUGGGCGCAUGGCCAAUAGAAGAGCAAAAUUAAAAUGGUCAAACGAGCCAAUGCUCGAAAAAAGUGACGAGGAGGACUCAUCUGAAAUAGAAUGCGAUGAAUCUGAUGAAAUCGUUUCAAAUUCGGUUGAUGAAGAACACGUGCCAUUAAUGAACAUUGAUUCAGACAAGGAAGUGGUUAAUGAACCUGAUGCAAAAGGGAAUAAUGGUUUGGAGGAUGCGCCUGUUCUUGCUAAAUGGCUACAUGAACCUGAUGAUAAAGAUAAAAUAAGUGCUUCGCAUUUCAGAAGAAUUGUUCAAUGUUCGUGUGGAAAAAUGGAAAAAUUGUUUGGAGCAAGUUAUGUUGAAAUAUCUAUUUGUGGGGAGUCGUUCAUGUUGCAUCAAAUACGCAAAAUGGUGGGGACCGCGGUGGCAAUAAAGCGGGGCCUACUUCGGAGAGACAUAAUUACACUCUCACUAAACAAAUUCUCACGGAUUGUAGUACCGAUCGCUCCAUCUGAAGUGUUAUUUUUAAGAUCAAACAAUUUCGCCAUGAGAACCCGUCUUGAUACAAGGCCUGAAAUGGCGAUCUUGGUUGAAUCCGAAGAAAUACUGAAAGAAGUUGAAGUUUUUUAUAGAUCAAUUUUGUUGCCUCAAGUUGCGGAAUUCUUGGAUCCUUCUAGUCCUCCUUGGAAGGAAUGGGUUGAGUUAUUAGAUAGAAACACAAGGAUUCCCGAUUCUCAAUUGGAUCAAGUCAAGAAUGCGUGGAUCGCAUGGAAGGGACAACCGUAAAGCUUAGCUGGAGAUCAUGAUUGAUGAUACUUGAAAGCGUAGAUGGAAACCGAUCAUACCCGAAAGCUACACACGAGGGACAAGUUGGCAACGAGCUCAUGUCCUCCAGUCUUGAUUUGCCAGACAGACAGAGUUUCUUUGAAAAUGGUCAACUCUCCGUAAACACUUGUACCAAUUUCGUUCUCAGUUUUGAUCACGUAAGCACUUAAUAACUUCAAUUAGGUUAUUUGAUAAUAUGAAAUUAAGUAAAUGUGACCAUAAAUUCUAAUAUCCAUUAAACUUUGACUGUGCAAAAAGUGAAAUAAAUGUUCUAACUACAUAUCAACAUGAUAACAGUUAGUUUGCCGAUCA